CUUCACUGCCGAGGCAGGCUAGGCUCACCAGGAGGAGUGGGUGCCGCGUGCCCCAGAAGACCUAGUGGGACCGCUUGGGCCCGCUCGGCAUGAGGAUGCGCUGGGCGACCCCUCGCCACGCGGCGGGGCUCCUCCUGCUGCUCCUCUGGUGCUUCGGGAUGGCGGAGCCUUCUGACCCUGCAGGUAAUCAUCCAUUCACCAUCGUCAAUGAAAACACAGGCAAGUGCAUCAAGCCACUAGUUGGCUGGAUAGUAGCAAAGGAUUGUGAUGGAAGUAAGGACAUGUUAUGGAAAUGGGUAUCCCAGCAUCGGCUCUUUCAUUUGCAAUCCCAGAAGUGCCUUGGCCUAGAUAUUAACAAACCCAUGGAUUCCUUGAAAAUGUUCAGCUGUGACUCCAAUGCCAUGCUGUGGUGGAAAUGUGAGCACCACUCUCUGUAUGGUGCUGCCCAGUACAGGUUGGCUCUAAAGGAUGGCUAUGCCAUAGCCAGUACAAACACAUCUGAUGUCUGGAAGAAAGGAGGCUCUGAGGACAGCCUUUGUGACCAGCCUUAUCAUGAGGUAUAUACCAGAGAUGGGAAUUCCUACGGAAGACCUUGUGAAUUUCCAUUCCUAAUUGAUGGGACAUGGCAUCAUGACUGCAUUCUUGAUGAUGACCACAAUGGACCAUGGUGUGCCACCACUUUACAUUAUAACUAUGACCAACAGUGGGGCAUCUGCUUAAUACCAGAAAAUGGCUGUGAAGGUAAUUGGCAAAAGAAUGAGCAGAUUGGAAGUUGCUACCAGUUUAAUAAUCAGGCAACUCUUUCUUGGAAAGAAGCUUACAUUUCGUGUCAGAGUCAAGGAGCUGACUUACUGAGCAUCAGCAGUGCAGCUGAAUUAACUUACCUCCAAGGACAAGAAGGCAUUGCUAGAAUGUUCUGGAUUGGAUUAAAUCAGCUGUACUCAGCUAGAGGCUGGGAAUGGUCAGAUCACAAGCCAUUAAGCUUUCUCAACUGGGACUCAGAUAUGCCAAAGGCACAAAUAAUAGGUGGAUCAAGCUGUGCCGGAAUGGAUGCCGAGUCUGGUCUGUGGCAGAGUAUUUCCUGUGAAGCUCAACUAUCAUACGUCUGCAAGAAACCAUUAAAUAAUACUGUGGAGUUAACAGAUGUUUGGACAUAUUCACAUACCCGCUGUGAAGAAGGCUGGCUGCCAAAUAAUGGAUUUUGCUAUCUGCUGGUAAAUGAAACUGGUUCCUGGGAUGAGGCACAUAAGAAAUGCAAAGCCUUCAGUAGUGACCUAAUCAGCAUUCAUUCUUUAGCAGAUGUGGAGGUGGUUGUCACAAAAUUCCAUAAUAGGAAUGCCAAAGAAGAAAUAUGGACGGGACUUAGGAACAUCAAUAGACCAACUCUGUUUCAGUGGUCAGAUGGUACUGAAGUCACUCUAACAUACUGGAAUGAGAAUGAGCCAAACAUACCCUACAAUAAGACUCCCAACUGUGUUUCCUGUUUAGGAAAGCUAGGUUACUGGAAAGUCCAAUCAUGUGAAGAGAAACUUAAAUAUAUAUGUAAGAAAAAAGGACAAAAAAUGAAUGACUCAAGAUCUGAUAAGAUGUGUCCUCCAGAUGAGGGCUGGAAGAGACAUGGAGAAACCUGUUACAAGAUUUACACCGAUGAGGUCCCUUUUGGAACAAACUGCAAUCUGACUAUCACUAACAGAUUUGAGCAAGAAUACCUAAAUGAUAUGAUGAAAAAGUAUGAUAAGUCUCUCAGAAAAUACUUCUGGACUGGCCUGAGAGAUGUAGACUCCCGUGGAGAAUACAGUUGGGCAACUGCUGGUGGAAUAAAGCAAGCUGUGACAUUUUCCAACUGGAAUUUUCUUGAGCCAGCGUCUCCAGGUGGGUGCGUGGCUAUGUCAACUGGAAAGUUUCUUGGCAAGUGGGUGGUGAAGGACUGCAGAAGCUUCAGAGCACUUUCAAUUUGCAAGAAAAUAAGUGGAUCCCUGGAGCCUGAAAAAGCAGCCCCCAAGCCUGAUGGCCCUUGUCCUGAAGGCUGGCAUGGUUUCCCCUCCGGUGUUUCUUGUUACAAGGCAUUCCAUGCAGAAAGAAUUGUGAGAAAGAGGAACUGGGAAGAAGCUGAAAGAUUCUGCCAAGCACUUGGAGCACACCUGCCUAGCUUCAGUCAUAUGACUGAAAUCAAGGAAUACCUUCACUGGUUAAGGGAGCAGUUCAGUGACCAGCGUUGGCUAUGGAUAGGUUUGAAUAAAAGGAGCCCAGACCUACAAGGAUCGUGGCAGUGGAGUGAUCGUACACCAGUGUCUACUAUUAUCAUGGAAAAUGAGUUUCAGCAAGAUUACGACAUCAGAGACUGUGCUGCUGUCAAGGUUAUAUACAAGCCAUGGCGAAGAAGCUGGCAUUUCUACGAUGAUGGAGAAUAUAUUUAUUUGAGGCCUUUUGCUUGUGACACAAAACUUGAAUGGGUAUGCCAGAUUCCAAAAGGCAGCACUCCAAAAACACCAGACUGGUAUAAUCCAGAGCGUGCUGGAAUUCAUGGGCCUCCAGUUAUAAUUGAAGGAAGUGAAUAUUGGUUUGUUGCUGAUCCUCACUUGAACUACGAAGAAGCCGUCCUGUACUGUGCUAGCAAUCACAGCUUUCUUGCUACUAUAACGUCUUUUACAGGACUAAAAGCCAUCAAAAACAAAAUAGCAAAUAUAUCAAGUGAUGAACAGAAGUGGUGGGUGAGAACUAGUGAUCAGCCACUAGAUCGUCAUUUUAUAUACUCAAGACAUCCCUGGCACCACUUUCCUAUGAGAUUUGGGGAGGAAUGCUUGCACAUGUCUGCCAAGACUUGGUUUAUGGACUUAAAUAAACCAACAGACUGCACAACCAAAUUGCCUUUCAUCUGUGAAAAAUACAAUGUAUCUUCAUUAGAGAAAUAUAGUCCAGAUUCUGCUGCUAAAGUUCAGUGUUCUGGGGAUUGGAUUCCUUUUCAGAAUAAGUGCUUUCUAAAGAUCAAACCCAAGUCUGUUAAAUUUUCUGAAGCAAGAGAUAUCUGUCACUCCUAUGGUGGCACCCUUCCUUCAGUGUUGAGCCAGAGUGAACAAGAUUUUAUUACAUCAUUGCUUCCGGAUAUGGAAGGUAGUUUAUGGAUUGGUCUGCGCUGGAAUGCCUAUGAAAGGAUAAACAAAUGGACAGAUGAUAGAGAACUGACAUAUAGCAACUUCCAUCCAUUGCUGGUUGGUCGAAUGCUGAGUAUACCAACAAAUUUCUUUGAUGAAGAGUCCCACUACCACUGCGCUGUGAUACUCAACCUCCCAAAGUCACCUUUCACUGGGUCGUGGAAUUUUACUGCCUGCAGCGAAUACUACUUUGUAUCUCUCUGUCAGAAAUAUUCAGACACUGAAGACAGACAGCCCUUGCAGAACACCUCAAAAACUGUAAAGUAUCUUAAUAACCUAUACAAAAUAAUCCCAAAGACACUGACGUGGCUCGACGCCCAAAAGGAGUGCCUGAGGGAGAACAUGCACCUGGUGAGCAUCACCGAUGCCUACCAACAGGCAUUCCUCGCUGUGCAGGCAGUCCUUUGGAACUCUUCCUUCUGGAUUGGACUCUUCAGUCAAGACGAUGAGCUAAACUUUGGUUGGUCGGAUGGGAAACCUCUUCAUUUUAGUCGCUGGGCAGACAACAACAGGCAACUUGAAGACUGUGUAAUAUUAGACACUGAUGGAUUCUGGAAAACGGCUGAUUGCAAUGAUAAGCAACCAGGUGCUAUUUGCUACUACCCAGGAAAUGACACUGAAAAAGAGGUCAAACAAGUCAAAAGUGUUAAAUGUCCAUCUCCUGUUCUAAAUACUCCGUGGAUAUCAUUUCAGAACUCUUGCUAUAAUUUUAUGAUAACAAAGAAUAGACAUAUGGCAACAACACAAGAUGAAGUUCAUUCUAAGUGCCAGAAACUGAAUUCACAAUCACACAUGUUGAGUAUUCGAGAUGAAAAGGAGAAUAACUUUGUUCUUGAACAACUUCUAUACUUCAAUUACAUGGCUUCAUGGGUCAUGUUAGGAAUAACUUAUGAAAAUAAUUCUCUGAUGUGGUUUGAUAAGACCAUGCUGUCUUAUACACAUUGGCGAGCAGGAAGACCCACUGUAAAAAACGGCAAGUUUUUGGCUGGGUUGAGUACUGACGGCUUCUGGGAUAUUCAGACCUUUAAUGUUGUUGAAGAAACACUCAAUUUUUACCAGCACAGCAUUCUUGCUUGUAAAAUUGAAAUGGUUGACUACAAAGAAGAACAUAAUACUACACUGCCACAGCUUAUUCCAUAUGAAGAUGGUAUUUAUAAUGUUGUUCAGAAAAAGCUAACAUGGUAUGAAGCAUUAAAGACGUGUUCUCAAAGUGGAGGUCAUUUGGCAAGUGUUCACAAUGAAAAUGGCCAGGUCUUUUUGGAAGAUAUUGUAAAACGUGAUGGAUUUCCACUGUGGGUUGGGCUCUCAAGUCAUGAUGGAAGUGAAUCAGGUUUUGAAUGGUCUGAUGGCAGUGCACUUGACUACAUCCCAUGGAAAGGCCAAAAAUCUCCUGGAAAUUGUUUGAUCUUGGAUCCAAAAGGAAUUUGGAAACAUGAAAAAUGCAACUCUGUUAAGGAUGGUGCUAUUUGCUAUAAACCUACAAAAGCUAAAGAGCAGUCCCCUCAUCCAUACUCCUCAAGAUGUCCAACAACAAAAGAGAACGGGUCACAGUGGAUCCAGUACAGGGAUCACUGUUACAUGGCUGACCAGGCAUUGCACAGUUUUUCAGAAGCCAAGCAAUUGUGUUCAGAACUUGAUCAUUCUGCAACUAUUGUCACCAUAGAGGAUGAAAAUGAGAAUAAAUUUGUGAGCACAUUGAUGAGGGAAAAUAAUAACAUCACCAUGAGAGUCUGGCUUGGAUUAUCCCAACAGUCUGUUGAUCAAUCUUGGAAUUGGUUAGACGGAUCAGAAGUGACAUUUGUCAGAUGGGAAAAUAAAAGUAAGAGUGGUGAUGGAAAAUGUAGCAUUUUGUUAGCUUCCAAUGAAACUUGGAAAAAGGUUGAAUGUUCACGUGGCUAUGGAAGAGUUGUCUGCAAAGUCCCUCUGGGCCCUGAUUACAGAGGAAUAGCUGUCACAUUUGCAGUGCUCAGUGUCUUAGUUCUCAUCAGUGGUCUGAUUUGGUUCCUCUACCGAAGAAACCGUUUCCACUGGGCAGGCUUCUCAUCAGUUCGGUAUGAACAAGGAGUGAAUGAAGAUGAGAUCAUGCUUCCUUCUUUCCAUGAGUAAAUUCUUCUAAAAGUUUUCUUAUUUGCACUACUAUGUUAGGAAAAAUGAGCCACUUAAAUUUUUCCCAAUGUCAGUGUUUACUAUGUUCCAUAGUAGACGUCUUAAUUUCUUUUUUAGUUGGUUCCCUGAAAUUCUGGUGUACACAGUUGUCCACUAAAUGCCAUGCUUUUAUCUCUGGUUGAUAGAAUGGAAAGGACUUAAAGCUGGAACUCAUCCAAAUUGUCAAUAGGCUAAGUUUAACUAAUGUGAAUUAUCUCUGUAAGAAUGUGGCUGGUAACUAGAUAAUUUAAUGGCAUUUUUAACAUAACUUCUUAGAAAAUGAAAAUGAAAACUGGCACAUUACUAGGUCACAUAUCUAUCCUUUAAUUUUUAAGAGCAUCUGACAUACUGCAAAAUUAGUACCUCAAAGUAAAAACCCAACUGCAAAUAAUGUCAACAUUGUUUCAAAAUAGUCAGUUGCAGCAUUUGGGAAAAAUUAUUACACAGUGAGACAUGCUUACUUUUUAUACAGCAAAAUGAUGCCUGUUGGCAAGAUGCUUCUUAUACUACUCCAAAGAUAUUUCAUAUCAAUAUCAUUUAUAUGGAAAUGUUUCUUCUAUUCAUAAUUACUCAUAAAACAACGGCUUUUAAAGAAGAUUUAGUACUUAGCAUUUUCUAAGUCAUGAGAACAUUAUUGUUAGAUUGAUUAGGUACCCUGUAGCCAUGUGUUUUGUGUUUUCUAAUUUAGUACAUUUAACUUCCUUAUAAAAGGGACUCAGCUAGGGAUGAGACUGGAUUUUACAAUUUAUGUUUCACAUAGCAUGUCAACUUUUGAUUAGGAAUUUUUUUAUUACUCUGUUAUCUUUUUACAUGAGCUAAACAGAGGAGUCUAUGAAGGAAAUUAUUUAACUUGCAUUUGAAAAAACAAGAAUUUUAUAGUGAAACUCUAAACUUUAUGAUUAUUACUAAAAUGCUUAAAAAUUUGAAUGAUUAAGGAUACAUUAUUUGUGGUAAUUUUUUCAAUUUCCCCACCCAGAAUAUAGGUGGUAUUAUUAGCAUCCACUACAUAUGGUGAAUGUUUUAUUCAGUGUUUAACUUAUAUUUGUACUUAAGAGUAUUUUUGUACAAAACAUAGAUUUUAUUUUAAAUUUAGAGUGUUUAUACUAUCAUAAAGUUGUAAAUAAUUUUCUAAGACAGUUUUAAUAUAGUUACAAUUGUCCUAAAAUAUUAAUUGAAGUAUCAUUUAUAUUUUAAUUCUCUUGACAUGUGAUCUAUACAAUUUUAGUCAUUUAGAGUUUCCUCAAAUAACUAAACCAACUUGAUGUGAAAAGUACAGCUAUAUACAGUGGUGAUGCCAUAAUAAAGUUGCUUUAUCUUUUAAGUAAAAGUAUUGAUUCUUUUUGAAGAAAAACAUCUCUAGUUUGGGCUUUCCUACGUUAGGAAUAUAGUUAUAAUGAGAAAUAAAAUGUUCAGUUAUUUUAA